AUCCAGCAGUUGACACUUUUUGGGAGGACGUGAGAAGCUACACCACGGUUUCCAACUGACACUCUGGGGAGUUGAUAUGGCGCUUCAACGAACGGCUGAAAAUAUGUCCUUUGAUGAGGAGUUGGCAGGGAACCUGAAAAUGCCAUCUAUAAAAUAUGACAAGCCAGUGAUACUCGACAAUCAUGAUGGAACUAUUACACUCAAGUAUGAACCAAAAGAAAUUGGCACCCAUGAACUACAAAUUAAAUAUAACUUAGAACAAAUACAAGGCAGCCCGUACAAAAUUCAUGUUGAUAAUGUGGGGAACGGUACACUCACUGCCUAUGGCGCGGGACUCGUGAGAGGCGUUGCUGGGGAACCUUGCACGCUCACAGUAUCAAGCAACAAAAGCAAUGCCAUGGGUAAAAUAACCGUGGAAGUAAAUGGUCCGUCUAAAGCUGAAGUGACUUGUCACGAUAACAAAGAUGGUACAAUCAGUGUAACAUACGUUCCUCCGUCUCCAGGAGAAUACAAAGUGUCCAUCAAAGCUGGAGACAAACACAUUCGCGGAAGCCCUUUCCCAGCAAAAAUUACAGCUGAGGGACGCAAGCGCAGUCAAAUUACCUUUGGUCAUUCCAGCGAGGUUACGUUAAAUGUACAAGAAAAGGAAGUGAAAUGUCUCAAUGCCAGCAUAGUCGCACCAUCGGGUUUGGAGGAGCCUUGUUUCGUCAGGAAACGAACGGAUGGAUCACUAUGCAUAUCUUUCACUCCCCGGGAAGAAGGUGAGCACAUAGUGCACGUAAAGAAAAUGGGAAAUCACGUUCCAGGAAGUCCCAUGAAGAUUAACGUUCUCGUAAAAGACAUUGGAAAUGCUUCAAAAAUCAAAAUUACUGGCAACGGUUUAAAAGAAGGGAAAACGCAUGCAGAAAAUCAAUUUGUAUUACAUACUGCUGAUGCUGGUUAUGGUGGCAUCAACUUCUCUGUAGAAGGGAGGAGUGCAGCCGAACUUAAAUGUGAAGAUAAAGGGGAUCGAGUACUAGUAUGUUCUUAUAAACCUACAGAGCCUGGAUAUUACGUUAUCAACUUAAAGUUUGCAGAUCACCAUGUCCCAGGCAGUCCAUUCACCGUGAAAGUUACUGGACCUGGUUCAAAUAUCAUCCGAGAAACUUUUAAGAAAAAGAUUGAACAAGCACCCAUUGUUGACAUCGGACAAGAAUGUAAACUUGUUUUCCGCCUUCCAGGAACCAAUGCAUUCGACAUGGCUGCCAAAGUAACCAAUCCAACCGGAGUAACGGACGACGCAGUUAUUGUGGACAUGGAAGACUGUCAGUACGGAGUCUUUUUUUCUUCGAAAGAACCCGGUGUCCACACCAUCAGCGUCAGGUGCAAAGACAUCCAUAUCCCGGGUUCGCCGUUCCAAUUUACUGUUGGUUCCAUGCAGUCUUUUGGAGCACACAAAAUGCAUGCUGGAGGUUUGGGUCUGGAGCGUGGUGGAGCGAAUGAGCCAUGCGAAUUUAAUUUGUAUACAAGAGAAGCUGGACCUGGAGUCUUAAGCAUGUCUGUCGAGGGACCAUCGAGAGCAGAAAUUAGCGCCAAAGAUAUUGGUGACGGCGCUCUGUACGUUAUGUAUAAAGUCACCGAACCAGGGGAAUACCGAAUCGGUAUUAAAUUCAACGACGAGCCUAUUCCUGACAGUCCUUUCAAAGUGUACAUCCUUCCAGAAGUAGGAGACGCGCGAAAAAUUGAGCUGGGUCAUGUUCCCGAUGCUGGAUUGCAGGUAAACAAGCCCAUAGCCUUUACGAUCCAGAUGAACGGAGCGAAAGGCCUCAUCGAUGGAAAAGUAGUCGCCCCCUCUGGAGGAGAAGACGAUUGCUUUGUCUCGCCCAUUGAUGAAGAUUCGUGGGCAUUACGAUUCAUUCCUCGAGAAAACGGAAUACACCAGAUUCAUCUUAGGCAUAACGGGACACACAUCCCCCAGAGCCCUUUCAGAAUAGUCAUCGGGCACGAUGAUGCUGAUCCAGCAGCAGUACAAGCAACUGGGGCUGGUCUCAAAGAAUGUAAAUCAGGUGUAAAGACCGACUUUUUGAUUAACACUUGUAACGCUGGAUCGGGGCAACUAGCGGUCAACAUCGAAGGUCCGUCCAAAGUGUCCAUGGACUGUACAGAAGUGGCAGAUGGUUAUGAAGUUCGAUAUACUCCUUUAGCUCCAGGAGACUACUUUGUUAUAAUCAAAUACAAUGGCUAUCACAUUGCAGGAAGUCCUUUCAAAGUUCAUUGUACAGGCUUGGCUGUUGCUGAACCAGGAGCAAACGAAUCUUCUUCCGUGGUGGUUGAAACCGUAGUCAAACAGUCAAAGCACAAAGGAGACCAAAUGCCGAGGUUCCGGUCAGAUCCGGCGAGAAUCACCAGUAAAGGACCCGGGCUCAAGAAAGCAAUUACGCAUAAAAUGAAUUCAUUUCAAGUCAAUUGCCAAGAUGCAGGAAAUAAUAUCCUCUUUGUAUCUCUUUAUGGACCCAAAGGACCGUGUGAAGAGACCCACAUAAAGCAUACUGGCCGCAACAUAUUCAACGUGUCUUACCUUGUGAAAGACAGAGGAGAACAUAUUCUCAUAGUAAAAUACGGCAACGACCACAUCCCUGGUAGCCCCUUCAAGGUAAACGCAGGUAGAUAACUUCUAAUGUCAACAUCUGCUAAAGUGGCCCUGUUUUCAGCAAGUGGAAUAGCAAUUGCAACAGUUGCGUAUGUGCAUUUAAAACAAGAAUGGGAGCGUCAAAAGUUACAUGAAGGAGUGAUAAAAGACAUGGAAAGACAAAAACUUAAU